CCAAUACAUCUGCGCACCUGCCCUUGACUGAUCCCGAGCUUUCCAGUUCCCCCGCGUUAGCUAUUGUUUUUGGCGUUGUCACAAGGAACAGGGAGGGGGCGUCCGGUUUGUUGGAGACGAGUAGCCCCAACAAUCUACCCUGGUUUAACGAUUCGAACUUGAUUGCCCAAACCGGCAUCGUAAAGUCAGCAGAAAUGAGGGCGUCUGGGGACUCGGGGAUCGGGGACUGAAAGACUCGGUGCGCCAUGGAACACCCGCGCGGGCCUGGGAUCUCGGGGAGCAUGGGAGUGCCGAGUGGGAGAUGUGAGGUGCGUCGGAGGGCGGCUCGGCGUACCUUAUGCAUGCACAGGGUGGCGCGUGUCAUGUCGGUGGCAACAGAUCGGUCUGUGCCACCCUCCAGGUCACAGCUCAAAGCCUGGGAGUUACUCGGCCCGUCCGUUGGCGUAGAAACGCAUCCGCCGUCGGCGCCGGGCGGGGGGCGUGGGCGACGCAACGACGCAACGUUCGUCGAGGGGGCGAGGUCGAGGGGAACACAAUGUGCCAAGCACUCCGCAUCCACAUCCCCAAUGCAUUGUGCCACUCACCGCUGGCCGCAGAUCUACAAGGCACCCGCGCGCUUCCCCUUCAUUCUCUCUCCAACGCAUCACGACAACACCUAUCGUCUCCUGACCCCUGCUUCCGGAUGCGUCGGCCUCGACGCUUCUUUCGGAGUGUACGAGGCACCCUGCGCAACGGUAUUCAUGAGACGAAGAGCUACUAAGCGAGGAGCGGUCGUUCCAGGAAUGCCGCUGCCGUUGGAAGGAGACCAUCCAUGUGCGUGAAUGCGUACCCCAAUGGCAUUGCGUAUGGCGCGGGAACGCGCGUUCCAUCCUUCUGUUCUGAAUCAACAGUUCCGCCCGCGCUUCCCUGCACAGCACGAUCGCGCACGCGCACGAUCCAUAGGGACCAUGCGACAAGUGUCAGAACUGCUGAAAAGUUCAGAAAAUUUGUGGACCAUGCUGAAUAUACUCGCUCAUUCCGAU